GGGGCCCGCCCGCUCCCGGCAUGGCUGGCUACAAGUUCUUACCGCUUGAGAUGCCUGCCUCCCCGACACCUGCCUCGGAGCCCCAGACCAUCUACAGGACUGCCUACCGUCGCAGCCCCGGGCCGGCCUCCACCAGGCCUCGCUACGCUUGCUGCCCCGGCUGGAAGAGGACCAGUGGACUCCCCAGGGCCUGUGGAGCAGCAGUAUGCCAGCCCCCGUGCCAGAACGGAGGGAGCUGUGUCCGGCCCGGUCACUGUCACUGCCCUCCAGGAUGGCAGGGUGACACCUGCCAGACAGACGUGGACGAAUGCAGUACCGGACGGGGCCCCUGCCCCCAGCACUGCAUCAACACCGCGGGCAGUUAUUCGUGCCGGUGUCAGGAGGGGCACAGCCCGUCCGCAGAUGGUGCACUCUGCCUGCCCGAGAGAGGGACCCCCCGGCUAGCCCCGAACCCCACAACAGGAACAGACGGCACAGUCGAGGAGGAGGUGCAGAGGCUUCGGUCAAGGGUGGACGUGCUGGAACAGCUGCGGAGCAGAGAGGGAACCUUCUGCCUGCCCCACAGAAGCUGCAGCUGGUGCUGGCCCCGCUGCAUAGCCUGGCCUCGAGGGCCCUGGAGCACGGGCUCCCCGACCCCGGAAGCCUCCUGGCUCACUCCUUCCAGCAGCUGGACCGCAUCGACUCUCUGAGUGAGCAGAUCUCCUUCCUGGAGGAGCAGCUGGGGUCCUGUUCCUGCAAGAAGGAGCUGUGACGGGUUCCCAGCUCUGGCUCCUGAGAGCCGGUCACCAUGGUGCUGGGUGGGGCGGGAUUCGUUCCUCCUAGGUAUGAAUCCAGCCUCCGCCUGGCCGGCACCUCUGCACCCCCACCAGCGGGCCCAUGGCGGAGGGAAGGUACGAGGGUCU